AUGGCAGACGUCGCAGCUCUUGAGGCGGAGGUCAAGGAAUUCAAGCUACAGCUCGAAACAGUCCAAUCGAGUUUGCAGGUAGACCCAGACAACACGGAACUACAGAGUCUUAAAACUGAGCUGGAAGAACUUAUAAACCUCACCGAAACAUCCAUCGCCGAACUUAAGCCGCCUACUCCAUCUGCGACCUCCACAAAACCUGCUCCCGCGCCAACGAAGGAGAAAUGGUCCAAAGAAAAUCAUCCCGCUUAUGCGGCUAGCUAUCGCAAACCCGUUGUCGAACAACCGGAGGAGGUUUCGGCUCCGGUAACCUUCUCCGUCAACGACAACGUUCUUGCUCGCUGGACAUCGGGAGAUAACUCCUUCUAUCCUGCCAAAAUUACCUCUAUCACCGGCUCAUCCAGCAACCCCGUCUACCUGGUCUCGUUCAAGUCGUACGGAACGGUGGAAUCCUUAACGGCCAAAGACAUCAAGCCCAUUUCCAACAGUGAUUCGCGGAAACGCAAGGCUGAUGCAAGCUCAGGCUACUCUUCGUCGCAGUCCCCUGUCCCUCAACCCCCUCAUGCCAGCGUAAUCUCUGCGGCGGCUGAUAUCAAUCCUGCAUUGGCUAAUCAGGUGCGCAAAGAGCCCAGCAAGGUCGGCGAUGGUCCCGCGCGGCCUGCCAAGGUACCCCGAAAGGUCAAGGCCAAUCGUGAGCUCGAGGAAGGCAAGAUGAAAUGGAAGGAUUUUGCGAGCAAGGGCAAGCUGGGACGGAAAGAUAGCAUGUUCCGCACGGGAGAUGGGAUGAACGCUCGAGGUACUGCAUUCCUAUAUUUUCAAGACGAUCGAUAUGCUAACUUCUUCUUACAAGUGGGGUUCACGGGGUCUGGCCAACAGAUGCGGAAAGAUCCUUCGAGAUCACGACAUGUCUAUCAGCAAGCGGAGGACGAGGGCUAUUGA